AUGACGGGCAAAGCCGGGUUUGAGAAUCACUUUGUUGUCACGGGCGGCGCCGGGUUUAUAGGGUCUCACAUGGUGGAUUUCCUUCUUGAUCAUUAUCCAACUGGUGCAAUCACUUGCCUAGAUAAAAUAUCAUACGCCAGCGAUUUUCUGCUUCGAAAUUUGAAACAGGCCCAGAGAACUGCGAUUUUUAAGUUUGAAAAAAUCGAUCUAGCUGGCGAUCUUGAGGCGGUGAAAUCGGUAUUCAAGCGCCGAAUGGGGGCAGAGUCUAGUUCAGUCACAAUCUUCAAUUUCGCUGCUGAAAGCUGUGUUGAUCGGCUGUUCUCAGACCCUGUUUUUUUUACAAGGAAUAAUAUCAUGGCAACUCAAAAUGUUCUAGAGGCGGUGCGCAUUUUGAUCUCAGAAGGGUCAUUUUGUGCGGACAGAAUCUCGAUCAUCCAUGUUUCGACCGAUGAGGUAUAUGGCGAACAAGAUGUUGGAGCAGUGGCUAGCGAAAAUGCCAGUCUUCACCCUUCAAAUCCGUAUGCGGCUUCAAAAGCAGCAUGUGACUUGAUUGUUGGUGCUUAUGUCAAAUCCUACCAUUUGCCCGUUACAGUAGUCAGGGCAAAUAAUAUAUAUGGUCCCAGACAGUACCCCGAAAAGCUCAUAGCAACCACAUUGGAUCUGCUUCGACUUAGCAAGCCAGAAACUGGGAUUGAUGUUAGCAGAAGGAUUGUUCUUCAUGGAAAAGGCCAGCAUAAACGACGGUACUUGCAUGUCUUGGACUUCGUGAGAGCUGUAGACCUUAUUCUGAGCUAUGCGAUAAAAACGGGGGAGUCUGGUGAGAUUUACAACAUAGGUACCGAUGAGGAAUGGUCCAACAAAGACUUGGUGGAGAUGAUUUGCCAACGAUAUGUCAAUUUAGUACACGGGGUCGAUAUCCGAGAUUUCUCCAUGUAUUACAGAUAUGGCCAGGACAGACUAUAUAACGAUUCCCGCUACAGCAUUGACUGCUCCAAAGUCUCGAGCUUGGGCUGGAAGCCAGAAAUAAGUGUGCAAGAUGGAGUUACUGAGAUGAUCAGAGUCAUGGCUGGGAGCGCUGGGAACAAAUAG